UUGCAAUACUUUCGUAUGCCAUCAUAACAGUAACUAAUCUCUGAUGGCCGAGUGCCGAAUCAGUAAGUGCUUCACCCUCAGUCAGGAGCUUUUUGGAAUCGGUGAACGAUGGUGCUGCUAUUGGAACUCUUGCUGGGAUGUCUAUUUUGGGCAUACCAAACCCAAGCCUUAUCUCCACUUCCGGAUCGUACUCCAAAGCUGAUUGUACCAUGGUCCUACUUUGACGAAGCCUACAAGUUACGGCCCGUUUCCGAACCGCUGAGCUACGAGCUGUUCCUAGACAUGAGUGAUCCUAACUUUUAUACCUACUCUGGUCACGUGAACAUCCAAAUGAGGUAUCUGGAGGCUGCUUCCAACAGUUUCUACCUAAACAGUGUUGGACUAGUGAUCAAGAACGCACGGGUCACGAAGCCCAAUGGUGAGGAUCUUCCAGUUAGUAACAUUAUCCCAAUGGAAAAGUAUGAGCAGAUAUACUUUGGGUUUGCCGAAAGACUGGAGCAGAAUGCUAUCUACAAUGUGUACUUGGAGUUUUCCAACAGUAUUGGAACGGAUCUUAAGGGGUUGUACCGGAGUAGCUACAUGGUUGGAAAUGUCACGAGGUACAUUGCAACGACCCACUUUGAGUCAACAUACGCCCGGAUGGUAUUCCCGUGUUACGAUGAACCGUCGUAUAAAGCUCCUUUCGACAUCCAAAUCCGACACCGAGCACAGUACCACGCCCUAUCCAACAUGCCUGUCGCGGAGAAGUUGAUCGAAGAAAACGGUGAACAUUAUGUCACGAGAUUCGAAAGAUCGCCGCUGAUGUCCUCCUACCUAGUGGCUUUCAUAGUGUCUGACUUUGUAACUCUCUCGGAUAGCCGGGAUCGCAUUCGGGUUUUCGCUCCGGAAAACCAAGUGGAACAUACUACAUACGCGCUCGACUUUGCCACAAAGUCUCUAGAAUACCUGGAAACCUACAUCGGUCACCCAUUUCAACUCCCGAAAGUUGAUUUGGUUGCCAUCCCGGACUUCAACAUGGGCGCUAUGGAAAACUGGGGACUAAUCACGUUCCGUGCCGUAUAUCUGAUUUACGAUCCGCAGUCCACGACUGCCAGAACCAAACAGAACAUUGCCGACCUGAUAACGCAUGAGUUCGUCCACUCGUGGUUUGGAAACGAAGUGACUCCGGAAUGGUGGACAUACCUUUGGCUAAGUGAAGGUUUCGCCCGAUAUUUCGAGUACUAUGUUACGGACCAGAUCGAGUACGAGUGGUUGCUGUGGGAACAGUUUAUAGUGACUAAUGUUCACGCGGCGUUGUCCCAGGACGACAAAGCCGAUAAUCGCCCUAUGAGCUAUUACGCCACAGAACCUGACGUGUUGAAUGGGUUGUUCGACUACGUAGUGUAUGCUAAGAGUGCUUCGGUGAUCAAGAUGAUCCAGAACGUCAUAGGGAUGAGCACUAUGCGAUCGGCGCUGCACGAUUACAUUGCAAGUCGUAGCUACCAAACCACCAAGCCAGAAUACCUUUACGAAUGUUUUGAAAGGUACAACCAGGUUGCACUCCCGUCUACAAUUGAGGAGAUUUUAAAUAGUUGGGCAGACAACGCUGGAUACCCAGUGGUGACCGUUACGCGGAGCGGUAAUACCGUUACUUUCUCUCAAAAGCGCUUCUGGACGCCAGUUCAGGGUGUGUCAGCUCCUACAGAUUCCAAGUUCUUCAUCCCACUGAACCACAUUACCUCCGCCGAUCCUAUCAUAGAAUUUAAAGAUACCUCAGCUACCGACUGGCUCACGCCAGCAAUCCCUCAAAUAACCAAAGAUUUACCUAGCUCUGUCGAUUGGAUCUUGGUGAACAAGCUUCAAACCGGAUACUACCGAGUCAACUACGACGAACAAAAUUGGGCCGCUUUGACAAACAAGCUGAAAACCAACAUUGGCGCCAUAAACAAACCAAAUCGAGCUCAGCUUAUCGACGACGUAUGUAACCUUGCGAAGGCCGGAGAAAUUAGCUAUAUUACUGCACUCAAUCUAUUACAAUAUCUUGAGAAUGAGAUCACCUAUAUUCCGUGGAGUACCGCGUACAAUUCGUUGAUCCACUUGAACCGAAUGCUCUCCGCCAGUAGUGAUUAUUCUCGCUUUGAACACUUCGUACGAACCCUCACCGAAAGCGUUUACGCCUUUAUUCGCCUGACCGGGUCAGAAGAAGAUCACGUUACAAGACUUUAUCGCGGAAACAGCGUCUACCUGGCGUGCUACUUUGGCGUGGAACUGUGUCUGCAGGAUGCCCGCAAACUCGCCCAGCAAAUGCUAACCGACGAGUCGUACACCGUUCCUGAAGAGGUUCAAUCGUCGGUGUUCUGUGCGAUCAAUCGUUACGAAACAACCUUCCAGGAGGACCUUCUGGAGUUGCUCUUUGAUCGCUACCUCCCAAUUAAGGCUGACGACACGGGAACAAUCAGUCGCUUCAUCGCCGGAAUGGGUUGUACUCGUAACCUGACCACCAUCAAGACCUACCUGGCGUUGACGGUGACCAACCUGCCCGGCUUCAAGCUUACCGGCUCCGAGCGUAACCAAAUCCUGACGGCCGUCCUGAGCGGUAGUUAUGAAGGCCUUCGCGAGAGUCUGCGCUUCAUGCUGGAGUACUUCGGAGACGUAUCGUACCUGUACCACUCGCUGGCGAGUAUCUUCAGCGAGUUUGGAGCCAGAAUCAACAGCAAGGAAUCGUUCGAGUUGCUAAAGGACAUCGUUGACAAGUAUGGAAAUGUGUUUUCGGAUUCUGUGAAGGACGCUGCGGAUCGUGCGAUCGUACAAGCUGGUCAGAAUUUGGCCUGGGUAGAGAAAUAUGGCCCAGCUAUCGAAAGCUGGUUGAAGGAGAACGAGUACGAGCUGACUGUUACACCAGCGCCUCCCGGUGAUGAUGAUGGCGGUGCUGCUUCCGUUGGGACUGGAGUUUUGCUGACCUCGAUUAUGGUGCUGUUCAACGUGGUUGUUCAGGUGUAAACAAUAUGAAUACAGUAGUUGUUCGGUAACUGGG